GUCGUGGAGGUGGUCUCGGUGGAGGUGGAAUGGGUGGCGGUGGCCUCGGCGGAGGUGGAGGAGGAGGAGGAGAAGGCCUACUUAGCGGCUUAGCUAGCGGUUCGGGUAUGAUGGGAGGCAGUGGGGGAGGUGGCGGACUCAUGGGUGGAGGGAGUGGAGGCAAUGGCGGCGGUGGUGGUCAUCGGGGGCGUUAUCGUAAGCAGAAACAGGAUAAGAAGCAAUUCCAAAUGUAUAUACCAAUGUAUUUGGCGGCAACAACCUUUGGCUGGACUAUGGUUGUAGCAAAGGCGGUUGGCUUGUUGACGCUUAAAGCAUUAGCGGUAUCGAAAUUGGCAUUUAUAGUAGCGGCAAUGGUGAUAGUGAAAAAGCUGAUGGAUAAUGCUUCGGAAAAAUAUAACAAAAAAAUUUCUAAUCUCAAACCUAACUUCAACCUCAAACUUAUUGUUGAUGGUAAUCCUAAUGUAAAGCUUAAUCCAAUGCUAAGUUUUAAUUUCAACCUCAAUCUGAAA